GCCAUGACUGAACAAAGAAACGGUGUGCACACGCCCCCCGCGUUUGCCUUCAUCGAAGAAGCAACCCCGGGUACAAGCCGUGAAGGCGGUGAGGGUGCUUCAGGCACUUCCGACGAUUACACUGCAUAUCUUCUGCUCUACCUGGAAGCACUGAGUCAAAGGCCAAUAUGUAUGCCUGAUCCUACGAUUUCUGACGGAUACAUCAAUGACGCGUGGGAGGCGUUGAACAGCCGGAACGAUGCCACUGACGUCAAAGAUGCCACUGACAUGGGAAGCACCAAUUACGCGCCUGCAAUAACCACCGCCAGGACCGAUCACGCCAGGCCCAGUACGAGCCACGCUGGCAUCCAGAAAUUAUCGUCAACUACGAAAGACAUCGCUAGCAGUUCUGAUGACGCCUGGCGUUACCAGUGGAACACGCAGCACAGGCCAAUAACCAACCAGACUUACAAACUGGACGUUCUUGGCCACUUUGAUGUGAUAGCGGCGACAAUGAUCCACACCGAUGCCAGCAACGUGGGUCUAGGCGCCGUCCUUAUUCAGCGGCAAGACGGGGCUGAACACCAGUGCUCCGGAGGUGCCGCAUCAGGUAUGGCUGAAGAAAGUAACAGUGGACACACGCCUCCUGCGUUUACCUUCGGCGACGAAGCAACGCCGAGCACAAGCCAGGAAUUCUUCGAGGGCACUUCGUGCACUUCCGACUGUGGCACUACGAUUUGUGACGACUCCUUCGAAGACCUGUGGAACGCGUUGAACAGCCACAACGAUGCCAGUGAAGUUACGGGCCAUACACAUGUCAAUGAAAGCGGAAUCACCAGUUCCCCACGUAUGGUGUCCAGCAGCAGCAUCAAUCACGCACAGCGCAGUACAAGCCGCGCUGGCAUGGAGGAAGCAUCGGCUAUUCCGGAAAACAUUGCUAGCCUUUCUGACCACGCCAGGCGUUACCAAUGGAACACUCAGCAGAGGCCAAUAACCGACGGGACUUGCAUCUACGGUACGUAG